AUGGCGGGCGGCCAGGCUGGGGCAGCGCGGUCCCGAUCGCUGUUCCUGUGGGAUGACGGGCGUCCUAUGCGGUUCUACCUGCGGCCCGGCCUAGCCAAGCUGCGCCUGGCACCCCUAGUGCUGGCGGGCGGGGGACGGCUGUGCCGGGUGCAGGAGCCAGGAGCCGUGCUCCUGGCGCAGCCCGGCGAGGUGGCUCCCGACGGGGCCGUGUCAACCGAGUACGUGACGGAGUGCGUGGAGUGCAACCAGCGGCUGCCGCUGGAGCCCUUCCUGCUGGCUGCCCGCGGCCGCCUGGCCUUCACGGAGGCGGAGGAUGCGGCGCUGCUCCAGGCGGUGCGCGGCCAGGGCACGGUGCGGGUCAGCGGCCGUGCGCUGUGGAUAGAGCUGGAGCGGAGCGGCCUGACACGGCACAGCUGGCAGGCCAUGCGUGACCGCUACCUGCGGCACCUGCGGCCGCGGCUCUGGGAGCCCCCGCAGACGGAGGAUCCCACGCAGAUCAGGGGUCUGUUCGCGGCAGCUAGUCGGGAGUUCGAAAGCACGGAGUCAGAAAGUGACUCCUCGGAUGUUGCACAACUUUCUACACAAGAUGGAGUGGGAAGGUCCCCAGGAGAAACAGCAUCUGAUCUGAAAACUGGGCCAGAGGACUCUGCUUUCCCUGACAUUCAGUUACAAAGGCAAGAAAGACCAAAGGCAAAAAGCACUGUGCUGGGACAGGUCAUAAAAACUAUGGAGAACUUCAUGGAGAAGUUUGCUGUGGACCUGUUCACUGUUACACAGGCCUUUCUGAAAAACAGCGGUGAUGUGGAGGCUACUUCAUACUUCCUGCAGACAGGGCACCGCUUGGAUGGGUACCCUGUAUGGAGCAGAGAGGAUGAUUUAGAAUUGCAAAAGGAUGAUGAACAUGUCAGAAAUAAAUUGAUAGCCAAAUUUGGAGCUGAAAAUGUAGCAAAGCGGAUAGUGUUUAGAAAGAGUUAACGAGGACAAAGUUCUGAAGUUUCAGAAAUGCUUUAAAGAAUUUUUUUUGCAUUAAAAGACCUGUUUUGCAUCUAUACUGAUCUAAGAAAUGCAGCUGCUUUAAUCCGAACAAAGUAACGCUUGUACCAGGCCAUAUAUUCUAGUUGGGAAAAGUACACUAGCUUUCAGGGCUAUGAGUAAUAGUUGAAGUAGGAAAUGAAAGUUAAGAGAGAAUGAUCAGAGGUUUUGUAUCUAUCACCUAAGUUGUGGUUGAGAGAGAACACCGUUGCUAGGAUACAGUCAUAAUCUGAAAAACUCAGUACCUUUAGCCUGAAAUUGGUCACUUAUUUAAUAUUAUUUGAAGUGAGUCCUAAAAAUCUGGAAUUCAUUCUUUUGGUGAAAUAAAAUGGGCUGGUAAAGGUGAAGUUUGUUAUGGUUUUGUUUUUGUGGGUUUUUUUGUUUGUUCAUUUGGGGUUUUUUGUUGUUUGGGUUUUUUUUUUUACCUCUCUAAAGAGUUAACAUUUCGGGUUUUUUAGCAUAUUGCACUGUGGUACUCAGAAAAUUGGGGUGAAUUGGGAAAUGGCUGAUGUUAAGCCAAAUUAAAAUUAUACUGAAAAUAAAAAACUAUAUAACCAGACUGCUAUUUCAGGAAGCCACUGCAACACUUACUGAUUAUUCAAGGAUGUAACCAAAUGUAACCAAAUAAAUGCUAAAACAGCACUAUGCAGUGUUUCACUGGACUAGAAAAGUGAGAAUUAUUUGGCAUAGUCAUGCUAUUCAGACCUUGAACAGUUAUUUGAGAUUUGUUAGGAGCCCAGACAAGCACUUAAUGAGUACAAGACAACAUAGCAAUUUUUUUUUUUUUUUUUUUUUUUAAGUAGAAAUAUUACCAGCUUGGUUUGAAAUGCAAGUUUUGCUGAUGACCAGCAUUGUGGACCAAGUUCAUGAACAGGAGACCUGUAACCUCUUGCAGCUGAAAACUCCCAUUCUAGCUUGAGCUGUGUGCACAUCUUGGCAGCACCAUGGUGUUGCAAUGGUCUUGUUUAACAAAACUGCUCUAGAAUUCAAAGUGAGAGGUAGAACACAUUAAAUAGCUGCAAUAUAAAAUGGUCAGAUUUACUCUAUCUUUUUAUAAUUCUAAGUGGCACUUUAUUUUAAGAGUGAGUUUGUCUUAUUGGGGCAAUUAGUCUAAAGUGCAGUGCAAACUUCUGAGACCACACAGAGUGUUUUUGCCUUCACAGAGCCGUAUGGACACAUUUUCUAAUGCUGGGGAUGUUCUAAUGCUUCCCAUGUGUGCUUGGUGCACUCAGUAGGUGUAUGAAUUAAGACACAAAGACUACAGUUUACUCAGUGGUGCCCUCUUUCAUCUGUUACGAACUCCGCAGGUACGCUUAGUUGUGCAUGCACUUAGGUCUAGGUCUCUUUUACUAGAUUAAAACCUGGAGGACUCAAAAAUGACACUGUAUCAUAUGGUUCUACUUCUGAUUCUGUCUUUUCCCAUGAUAAAAAUCCUUGUUUUCUGUGCCUUUUUUACCUACAACGCAGUUACGCUCCUUUCAACAUGCUGGAGACAGUUUGGUUUUUGUAUUCAUCUCAGGUUCCUGUACUAUCACAAAAGAUCAGGAAGGUUCUUUUUGUAGCUCAAAGAAGUUUCUAUCCGUUAUGGCCUGGAGCAAUAUUCGUAUACCUGGAAAAGUGAGCAAAGUGGCAAUGCACAUACAAGAACUUUGAGUUAAAGGCAGUUCUACAGCCAGAAAUUCUGGGUCGGCAAACUAUUAUCUGGAAUUUGGGUAUUUCCUAUUUGCUUCCUUUUAGAGUUACCCAGCAUUCAUCAAAAUCAAUUAAUUUCUGUGCUUUCAUAACUAGAGCUACCAACGAAAAACUGAUGUUAUGCACCAGUUUGAAGAGCAACAGACAGGAAUACCACAGAUUCAGCUUUUAAAUGUCCUUUUGACUGGAGACUUAUAUUUCAUUGGUAUAAAAACAGUUUACUCUUCUAAACUUGCACCAUGUAAACUUAAUGUUUGUUUCUAAACAGACUUCUGUGAUCUUUAUUGCAUAUGCCAAGGGAUGUAGUCAUAGUUUUUACAUGUCAUCAUCAGCAUCUUGAGAUUUUGGGGGGGUUUUGUUGAGUUUUCUUUUUCCUCCUCCAAAAAGUAUUUUAAGUUAUCUUUGCUCGCAUUAAGACAGCUUUAAAUUUUCAUGUGACCAGACUGGCAACAGACUUUGCUGUUUCCAGAAAAAAAGAAAAUCUUACUAAUUGUUGUAUUGAGGAAGCAUACCUAAAGGACUGUAAUAAAGAUACACUGAAAUCAACAA